AUGUCGAACCAAGUUGUCCAGUUUGUAGCUGGACUGAAGUCCAGAAAUGUUGAUAUACAGAUAAAGACUGCCCGUGAACUUUAUCAUUUUGCUAAGACAGAGUUACGGGAAGUUCCACAAGAAGAACUAACACAGUUCCUAGAUGAGUUCAAUCACCAAAUCUUCGAGAUGGUAUCCAGCAACGAUGUUCACGAAAAAAAAGGCGGUGUUUUGGCUAUUGUUUGUCUCAUUGGAGGUGACUGUGAUACGACAAAAACACGAAUCACCAGAUUUGCUAACUACUUGAGAAACCUACUGCCUUCCUCUGAUGUGGGGGUUAUGGAACUUGCAGCCAAGACUGUUGGUCGGCUAGCAACAGUGUCUGGUGUAAAACGUGCAGAGUAUGUGGAGUUUGAGGUAAAAAGAGCCUUUGAGUGGCUCUCGGAAGAGAGAAAUGAGGGCAGACGACACUCUGCUGUCCUUCUGUUGAAAGAACUUGCCAUAGCUAUGCCUACUUAUUUUUAUCAACAAGUAUCAGGAUUCUUUGACCAUAUACUGACUGCUUUAAAGGACCCAAAGCUACAGAUCAGGGAAGCUGCUGCUAAAGCUUUAAGGGCAGGCUUAGUGGUCACUGCUCAAAGAGAAACAGCCAAACAGUCGACUUCACGACCUCAGUGGUAUAUGCAGUGCUAUGAGGAAGCUAUGAUGUGUUUUGAAGAUAUAACUCUUAAAGAAAAAGGUAUCACCAAAGAAGAAAGAGUCCAUGGUGGACUUUUGAUACUCAAUGAACUGUUAAGAUGUGCAAAUGCAUCUUGGGAGAAAAAGUACACUUACCUCAUGAGUAGCCUGGACACACAGAAGGAUAUCACAGUGUCAGAUGAUAUCAUUUUCAUUAGCACCAAACUCCACAGUUUAUCUGUGAAAAGAGGAUAUUUAUGUGAUGGUUUAAAGACUGAAAAUGUUCAGUAUCCAGUUCCUAUUUACGAAUCUGAGGUUUGCCGGAAGCUGCUUUCUGAGAAAUUUGAAAGAAUUUGUCAAGAUGUAAUGGCACAGCGUCAGUUGAAGACUCAAGGAGUACCACAGGUUCUACUUAUCAUAAUUCCAAGACUGGCAGCUUUCUCCAAAGAAUUCUUCUGCAAGAAAUACUUGAGCUCUACCAUGCAUUAUUUACUUGCAUCUUUACGAGGGAGAGAGAAAGAUAAAAAUAUGGCCUUCACAACUCUAGGCCUUUUGGCAGCAGCACUUGAAAAUGAUAUUCAUAUCUAUAUUCCUAGAAUAAUGGAUGUCAUUAAACAAGCUUUGCCUGUUAGAGAUACCCAAAGCAAAAGAAGAAUGUUUAUUGAUCCAUCAAUUUUUGCUUGCAUCACUUUAUUAGGAAGUGCAGUUAAAGAUCUAGUGAUGACUGACAUAAAGGAGCUCUUAGAAGCCAUGUUUACCACUGGCCUAAGUCCUUCAUUGACAAUAUGUUUGAAAGAACUCAGUCAAAAUCUACCAUCCCUUAGGGAAGAAAUUUCAGAGGGCUUGCUGAAUAUGCUUUCUUUGGUUUUGAGGAAUAAACCAUUUUUGCAUCCAGGAGUACCUAGAAGUGUAGAGCAACAGAGCAAUAUGAGCCUGGUUAUAGAACCUCAGGAUACAGCCUGCAUAGUAUUGGCCUUGAGAACCCUUGGUAGCUUUCAGUUUGAAGGUCAGCACAGCCUCCUGACGUUUGUUAGAAGGUGUGCUGAUCAUUUCUUACAAAGUGACCAACAGGAAAUAAGACUAGAAGCUGUCAAAACAUCUGCCAAGCUGCUGGCUGAUGCCACAGAAAGGACUAUGAAAACUCCAUCUAAAACUCUAACCACGCUCACUGCAGAGGUCAUUAGCAAGUUGCUAGUUGUAUCAGUGACAGAUCCAGAUUAUGAAGUGCGUUACUGGGUUUUGGAAUCACUCCAUGAUAUUUUUGACACACAUCUAGCUCAAAUUGAAAAUCUGAGUUUCCUGUUUAUAGCUAUGAAUGAUGAACAUUUAGAAAUCCGAGAAUUAGCUAUUUGCACUAUUGGAAGAUUGAGUACAGUGAAUCCAGCGUACGUCAUGCCUGGCCUCAGAAAGACAUUAAUACAGUUUUUGACUGAACUGGAACAUUCUGGAAUGAGCAGAAACAAGGAACAGGCGGCAAGAAUGCUGGAUAACCUCAUUUUGCAUGCACCAAAACUGGUAAAACCCUACAUGGAAACUAUUUUGAAUGUGUUGGUUCCCAAACUAAAGGAGUCUGAUUUGAAUCCAGGGGUAGUGAUCAGUGUGCUAAAAGCAGUGGGAGACCUUGCUGAUGUGCAUGGUGAUAACAGUGGCCUGAAGAAGUGCCUGCCUGAACUGCUCACUAUACUGCUAGAGCUGUUGACUGAUGCCAGUGCCACAGAAAAGAGAAGUGUAGCACUCUGGACUUUUGGCCAGCUGAUCAGUGCCACUGGGCAUGUUGUCACUCCUUACACUGAGUUUCCUAGCCUAAUGGAUGUCUUGCUGAACUUCCUAAAAACAGAACAACAACCUAAAGAUAGAAGAGAGACGAUACGCGUUCUAGGCCUAUUGGGUGCCCUCGAUCCUUAUAAACAGAAGAUGACGCGAGGCUUGAUUGACGGCCAGCCAGAUUCCAGUUUAGUGCCUGUCGCCGAUAGCAAGGCAGAGGAAAACAAUUUUGAUAUGACUACAAGUGAAAUGUUGGUGAACAUGCCUUCACCCGUUCUCGAUGAGUACUAUCCGGCGAUAGUUAUAUCGACGCUGAUGAGAAUAUUGCGCGACCCGACCCUACAGCAGCACCAUACGAGCGUGGUUCAGGCUGUUACAUUUAUAUUCCAGUCUCUGGGCAUCAAAUGCGUGCCCUAUAUUUCACGAGUCACUCCCAGUCUACUGUAUGUAGCCAGAGCCACUGAAAACAACAAUUUCCGUGAAUUUCUCUUCACUCAACUGGCUAAGUUGAUCGCUAUUGUAAAACAGCACAUUCGAAAUUAUUUGGACAAGAUAUUUGAUCUCAUAAAAGAAUUCUGGACACCUAACAGUCCUCUGCAGUCCACAUUGAUCCUGCUGGUGGAGCAUAUCGCUAUAGCUCUAGGCUCAGAGUUCAAAGUGUAUUUGCCCCAGCUGAUGCCGCAGAUUCUUCGUGUCCUCGCUCACGACACGAGCAAGGAAAGGUUUGUGACGGAAAAGCUGUUGUACGCUCUUCAAAAGUUCGAAGACAACUUGGAUGACUACAUGCAUCUGAUCAUUCCAUCUAUCGUGAAGUUAUUUGAUGCAACAGACUGUCCUAUAAAUGUCGCCAAAGUGGCCAUGGAGACUAUAGACUAUCUGACGGAUUCCCUGAACUACAAUGAGCUAGUUUCGAGGAUAAUUCACCCUCUGGUGCGAAGUUUGGACACCUGUCCCGCGCUCCGGCCGACCGCUAUGGACACGCUCUGCGCGUUGAUCGUCCAGCUCGGUCGCAAGUUCAACGACUUCAUACCGCUCGUACAGAAAGUGGUUCAGAAGCACCGGAUUCAGCAUCAGAAUUAUGAGUUACUGAUGUCGAAAAUGCAGUCCAGUCAGACAUUUUCGAUGGACGAGUUUCUGCAAAGCACGAGACGAAAGCCAAGAAACAACAAUCAGGAGGCGCGCAUAGUGGUGAGCGACGCGUCACAGUCGAUCCGCAAGCUGUGCGUGAACGCGCACAGCCUGAAGCUGGCGUGGACGGUCAGCAGCCGCGUGUCCAAGGACGACUGGCUCGAGUGGCUGCGCCGCUUCAGCAUCGGCCUGCUCACCGAGUCGCACAGCCCUGCCCUCCGUGCCUGCCUGGCUCUCGCGCACAACUACUCGCAGCUGCUGCGCGAUUUAUUCAACGCGGCAUUCGUAUCGUGCUGGACGGAGCUGGACGCGCCCGCGCGCGCCGAGCUGGCGGCCGCGCUGCAGCAAGCUCUAACUGCGCCCGACGCGCCGGAACUGGCGCACACGCUGCUCAACCUGGCCGAGUUCAUGGAGCACUGCGACGCCGGCGCGCUGCCCAUCGCCACGCAGCUGCUGGGCGAGCGCGCCAUGCACUGCCGCGCCUACGCCAAGGCGCUGCACUACAAGGUAUUCGUUUGACUGCUAGGGGCGCCAAGGCGCUGCACUACAAGGUAUUCGUUUGACUGCUAGGGGCGCCAAGGCGCUGCACUAC